AUGACAACACCUUUGAGCAAACUGAUUCUUGAUCUUUCCAAGUUUGAUGCAUUUGAUGGAAAGAAUUAUAGAAAGUGGUCCCAACGAAUCCUGAUAUUCUUCGACCAGCUUGAUCUUGACUACGUGCUACUCAAGCCACCAUCUACCAUGCUGCCAACCCCAACUGCUGGUAAUGAUACGGAUGCGGUCCUGAAUGAUGAUGCCUUACAUGACGGAAUUUCCAGGAUUUGGGGGGAUGAAAACUGUGAUAGUUACUUGCUUUUCUAUGGUGAAACUGAGCUCGGGAAUGGAUUACGAGCCUUGUAUUUCUUGGCCUGUCUUAUUGGCUUCAUUGGGCUGUCAGCUAUAACUGCUCGUUUCUUCCGAUCAAUGGAGAAUGUUGUGAAACACUCCCGUACAGUUGUAGAGAUAGAUCCUUACACUAAUACUGAAAUUAGACAAGAAAAGGUGUGGAAUUAUACUAUUGCAGACAUCACUCUGCUUGCCUUUGGGACUAGCUUCCCUCAAAUAUCUUUAGCAACUAUUGAUGCCAUUCGAAAUGGGAACCUCUAUGCUGGAGGUUUGGGUCCUGGCACUCUUGUGGGUUCAGCUGCAUUCGACCUUUUCCCCAUCCAUGCUGUUUGUGUUGUAGUUCCAAAAGCAGGAGAGUUGAAAAAAAUCUGAUAUAGGUGUUGGCUGGUGGAGCUUUGGUCCUUUUGGGCUUAUGCUUGGCUCUACAUAAUUUUAGAGGUGUGGACACCAAAUGGUACACUUUGGGAAGCCUUAUUGACAGUCCUGAUGUAUGGACUACUGCUCACUCAUGCAUAUGCUCAGGACAAACGCUGGCCUUAUAUAUCCCUUCCCUUAAGUGAGAGGCCUGAGGACUGGGUGCCAGCUGAGGUUGCCUCAGUUGAAUAUGAGGAUGCCUAUGAUGGGUACCCUGAGAUACAUGCAGUUGGAGAAGAUGAAAAUAAGGAAAUUGUUGAUAUUUUUUCCAUUCAUUCAGAAAAACAAGUGGUUGCAGACCCUAUUUAUCAGAAGCUGCCUCCAACUGAAGAUUUAGUUGAAACCUCCGACGUACCCUUUCAGAAGGAGACCAAUUCAGAAGUUCAUGUGCUUGAACUCUGGAAAACACAGUUCGUGGAUGCACUUACAUUGGAAAAACGUCAACCAAAGGAACUAAACAAUAUCUAUCUUCGGCUAGCAAGAAUAUUUUGGCAGUCACUACUACCAUGGAGACUCCUGUUCGCUUUUGUACCUCCUUAUCACAUUGCUCAUGGAUGGAUUGCCUUCAUAUGCUCUCUAAUUUUCAUCAGUGGGAUAGCAUACAUUGUAACAAAGCUGACUGAUCUCAUAAGCUGUGUCACAGGUUUAGAUGGUUAUGUCAUAGCAUUUACAGCAUUAGCAGCUGGAACUUCAUGGCCAGAUCUAGUGGCAAGUAAGAUUGCUGCUGAACGUCAGAUAACAGCUGACUCUGCUAUAGCAAACAUUACUUGCAGUAAUUCGGUGAACAUUUACAUUGGCAUCGGCAUUCCGUGGUUGAUUGAUACUUUAUACAAUUUCAUUGCAUAUGGAGAACCGUUGAGAAUAGAAAAUGCAGACGGACUCAGUUUCUCUUUGAUAGUGUUCUUCUCUACUGUUGGGUGCAUUUCGGUUUUGGUGAUUAGGCGCCUGAUACUGGGGGCAGAGCUUGGAGGUCCUAGGUUUUGGGCCUGGGUUACUAGUGUAUUCUUUAUGUUGCUUUGGCUUAUAUUUGUUGUGCUCUCUACCCUUAGAGUUUCUGGCUUCAUAUAAUAUGUUAUUUAGCAUUUGUUUUCUUUUUUACUGUAUAAUUUUUCAAUUUA